UAAGGCGGGUGACAUGCCGUGUCUCUAGUGCGGUCUAGAGACACCCAUAUAUAUUUGCAACAGCAGUCCAGCUCCACCAUCUUUGGUUAUAGUAACGCGGAGAUCGUUUUUUUCGCCACUGUAAAUUUCCCGAGCGAACAUUCGUAUGUAGACAAUGUGACAACUACGGAUUGUAUUUUGUAUUCACGACACUCUUCUGUUGGAGAUCGGACAAUGAGUGGUGCUAACGGUACCGGAAGAAUGUCCCUUUGAGGGUCCCAAUAGUAGAAGCGGACCAGGUUUGGCCAACCAGGCUCUGGGAGGGGACCGAGUUCCAUUGGGCCUAUGGAACAAUUUUACUGGGUCAGACGCCGCUGGCGGCAGCUGAUAUCUGGUCGAGGGUUGUACUCUGCCCCUGCCUCCCAACCCACCAAGAGUUCCCCAGAGCUGCACAACACAGAGCGGCUCCCUGGCAAACGGAGGACAGUGGUCGCUCGACACGGGUCCCACCAACAUGAGUACCACAAUAUUUCCAAAGGAUACCACGGUAACCGCAUCCGGACCACCAAGUACAGCCUGCUGACCUUCAUUCCCAUGAACCUGUUCCAGCAGUUUCACAGGACGGCUAAUCUGUAUUUCCUGUUCCUGGUGAUGCUGAACUGGGUCCCAGUUGUGGAGGCCUUCCAGAAGGAGAUCACCAUGAUUCCCCUGGUAGUCGUGCUCAUUGUCAUUGCCAUAAAGGAUGCCCUGGAGGAUUACCGCCGCUAUCGCUUUGACCAGAAGAUCAACAACAACAUUGCCUCUGUGUACAGCGGGAAGCACCAGACAUAUGUGGACCAACAUUGGCAGGAAGUCCGUGUGGGAGACUUUGUCCGUCUCUCCUGUAAUGAGAUCAUCCCUGCCGACAUGCUGCUGUUGUACUCCUCAGACCCUCAUGGCGUCUGCUACAUAGAGACCGCUAACCUGGAUGGGGAGACAAACCUCAAACAGAGAGAGGUGGUCAGAGACCUACCACAACAGUGUUCCGAAUUGACUCCAGAGAACUUCCACGGCCGUAUUGAAUGUGAGAACCCCAACAAUGACCUCAGCCGGUUUCGAGGUUACGUGGAGCAUCCCAGUAAGGUUCGAGUGGGUUUACACAACAACAACCUGCUGCUGCGGAGCUGCACAGUCCGCAACACAGAGACAGUCAUUGGCAUCGUGGUCUAUGCAGGUCAUGAGACGAAAGCCAUGAUGAACAACAGUGGGCCGCGGUAUAAACGCAGUAAACUGGAGCGCAGGCUGAACGUGGAUGUGCUCUGGAGCGUUGUCCUUCUGGUCAUCAUGUGUCUGACUACAGCUAUAGGCCAUGGUCUCUGGCUCAGCAACCUGAAGGAAGCUCCGUUUCUUAUCACAGACAGUGUAUCUCCUGCCCUGGCUGGCUUCUACCUGUUCUGGACCAUGAUCAUAGUACUACAGGUACUCAUCCCCAUCUCCCUGUACGUGUCAGUCGAGGUUGUCAAACUAGGUCAGAUCUUCUUCAUCCAGAACGACAAGGACUUCUAUAAUGAGAACUUAGAUUCCAGGAUCCAGUGUCGGGCCCUGAACAUCACAGAGGAUUUGGGUCAGAUCCAGUAUUUGUUCUCAGACAAGACUGGUACACUGACAGAGAACAAGAUGGUGUUCCGUCGCUGCACAAUUGCUGGGGUGGAGUACCCCCACGAGGAAAAUGCACGGAGGCUUGAAGUAUACGAGCAGGAGGACGAGGCAAUGGGUCGCUCCCAGACGCUCAAGUCACGUACCAGCGCCAAGUCCCUGAGCUGCAAGUCCCUGAGCUGUAACCGCAGCUCUCUGUCCCUGCAAACCCUGACGGGCUACCCUGAGGAGGAGCAAGAGCCCCCCAGCCCCACCCUGCAUCAACAGAGCCCCUUUAGCAGCCCAAUGGAGAAGCAUGUAGCCCCAGACCGGCUUCUAGUGCAGAAGCUGAACUGUCUGUCCUCUCCACUAUUUCUUUUGAGGGAUGCCAGUAUGGAGCUCACCUACAUAGUGGACUUCUUUAUGGCCCUGGCCAUCUGCAACACGGUGGUGGUGUCCUCACCCAACCAACCCCGCCAUGUGGUCAAGGUGCCUGAGGUCUCCCCUACCAAGCUCAAAUCUCUGGAUGAAAUAAAGAUGCUUUUCCAGCGUUUUGGCCUUCCCCGCUUCUCUGCACUCUCUCCUCCCCACAAUACAGGGAGCCCUCGCAGCUUUACCCGCAAGUACUUUACCAGGAGAAAAGCAACCUCCUUCAGUCCCACGCCCACCCCUUCCAAGAAUGGUAUAGAGCCAGGUGGGGAGCGUAACCCUCAGCCCUCUGCCCAGAAUGCCGGUCAUGGAGAGGAUGGGGACCAAGAAUAUCAGGACGAGGAGGAAGGAAGCGGGGAGCUUGGCUCUUGGAAAGGCAUAGAGGACAACAUGGUACCCCUUAACGUGGGGGAUAUGAGCAGGCUGGAGAUCUCUAACGGAGAACAAGGCUCUGCCGGUGAACCUGGUGCAGAUGAACUGAUCUAUGAGGCGGAGAGCCCGGACGAGGCGGCUCUGGUUCACGCAGCCAGGGCCUACGGUUGUACCCUGCGGGGACGCUCUGUAGAGCAUCUCCUGGUGGAACUACCUGGAAUGGGGAGCCUGGCGGUACGCCUUCUCCACAUCCUGCCCUUCGACUCCACCCGCAAACGGAUGUCAGUGGUGGUCCGGCAUCCUCUCACCAAUCAGGUGGUGGUUUACACCAAAGGAGCAGACUCCGUCAUCAUGGACCUGGCGGAGUCACCUAAAUCUGCUGAGCGGUCUGACAGCAUGCAGGGUCACAUCAGAAAACAAACCCAGAAACACCUAGACGACUACGCUAGGGAAGGCCUUCGCACACUCUGCAUUGCUAAAAAAGUGUUAGAGGAGGAGGAGUACGAGGUUUGGCUGAAGCAUCAGGUGUUUGCAGAGACCAGUAUAGAGAACAGAGAGGAGCUUCUGAUGGAAUCUGCACUAAGACUGGAGACUAACAUCACUCUAUUGGGGGCAACAGGAAUCGUGGAUAGGCUACAAGAAGAGGUCCCAGAGACCAUUGAGGCCCUACAGAAGGCAGGGGUCAAAGUGUGGGUCCUCACUGGAGACAAACAAGAGACUGCAAUAAACAUUGCCUGCGCCUGCCGUCUACUCAGGUCUACAGACCAUCUUCUGACUGCUAACUGUGGUAGCAAGGGAAUGUGUGAGACCUUGUUGUUGGAUCUGCGGAAAGAGGUAGAGCGCAGAGAGGCAGAGCGUGGAGAUGCAACUGAUGUCACGUCAGGCUUUGCCAUGGUGGUAGAUGGGUGCACCCUGGAUUUUGCCCUGCAAGAUGACCUCAAAGAUAAUUUCUUGGAGCUCAGUCAACACUGCAGAGCUGUGAUCUGCUGCCGCUCUACCCCCCUGCAGAAGAGCCAGGUGGUACGAUUAGUACGGGACAAGCUCAGAGUCAUGACUCUUGCCAUAGGUGAUGGAGCCAAUGAUGUCAGUAUGAUCCAGGUGGCAGAUGUUGGUGUCGGAAUAUCUGGCCAGGAGGGCAUGCAGGCUGUGAUGUCAAGUGACUUUGCCAUCUCCAGGUUUAAACACCUCCGUAAGCUGCUGCUGGUCCAUGGCCACUGGUGCUACUCUCGCCUGGCCAACAUGAUUCUGUACUUCUUCUACAAGAAUGUGAUGUAUGUGAACCUUCUGUUCUGGUACCAGUUCUUCUGUGGUUUUUCGGGGAAUGUCAUGACCAACUCAUGGGUGCUCAUCUUCUUCAACCUCCUCUUUACUUCGGCACCCCCACUCCUUUAUGGGAUCCUGGACAAAGAUGUGUCUGCAGACACCCUCAUGAAGUUACCGGAGCUGUACAAAUCCGGACAGAAUUCCAAGGCCUACCUCCCUUCUACAUUCUGGUUGACCAUGCUGGACGCUCUUUACCAAAGCCUUGUGUGUUUCUUUAUUCCAUAUUUUGCGUUGAAUGGUUCUGAUGCGGACCUGCUCUCAUUUGGGUCUCCCAUCAAUGCUUCGGCCCUCCUCAUCAUCCUACUACACCAGGUCAUUGAGAGUCACUCACUGACAUGGCUACAUGCAGUAGUGCUGGUGGGCAGUGCUCUCUUCUACUUCUCUUUCACCCUGGUCUUCAGUAUGGUGUGUGUGACCUGUAGUCCCCCCAGCAAUCCUCUUGGUGUGGACAAGCUACAAAUGUCUGAAAUGCAUUUCUAUGGGGUCUGUGCCCUGACCACGGUGUUGGCACUGAUACCAAGAUUACUGUUCCACGCAUUGCACAACACCAUCUCCCCAUCCAACACACUAAAAGCUGCCAUGAUGGACCAGUUUAACCCAGAAGAUUACUGUAAGAGGAUGCAGCGCUGGAACCAGACUCAGGCACAGACUAACGUCAAGAGUCUUAUCACUGUGGAGCACUCCGACAUAAUGAUCCCUAAUUGUGACUUUAGAUUACCUGAAGAGCUGAAGGAAUUCGGCACUCCCUCCAGCCCUGUACUCUCUUGACCAUGCAGAGGUUAGAGUGGGUGGCCACAGUGUUCAGCAUUAACAUUUCAAAGUUAGCUGCCUUGUAUGUUUUGCUUACUGGAGAUUAUUGUUCAAGUUUAUUUAGGCGAAGGUGAUGUUUGUUUCUAGAGGGAAAUUAACACGCAUCAUGGAUUUACAGUGCCUCUCAAAAGUAUUCCCUCCCUUGGACAGGUCCACAUUUAAUGGAUUUAAUGAAGAAUUUUUGCCACUGAUCAACACAAAAUAAAAUUGACCAAUUGUUCUAAAUUAAUUACAAAUAUAAAACAGAAAACAAUUAGCUGUGUAAGUAUUCCCACCAUUAUGAAUAUUUGUUAAAGGCAGCUUUGAGUCACAAGAGGACAGUCUAUUUGGAUAAGUCUCUCUCUCUAGUUAAUACUCUAACAUCUUCAAUGUCACCAGUUUGCAAAAAUUCCAAAAAGAGAUCCCAAAUGUAAUGAAAUUCUAGAGCAUUGUUUUUUUAUUAUCUGAGUCAUUAUUUCCAAGCACUAGUCUUGACAUUAACUUUUAGCCAAUGUCCAGUUGAGGGAAAACAAAUGUUCUUCCAAAGGAGAGCGAUUCAACAUCUAGCAGAUGUCAACCCUUUCCUUCUCUCACCGUGUCACAAAAAUUGUGUGGGUACAGACUCCGUCAAAUUAGUGGUGUUGGGGAUUUCUCAUCUCAGCACACUCCAACAGACUAUCAUAUAACCUGCCUUGAUGUGGGUUACAUUUAACCCACAAGUCUGGGAUAUUUGGGUCCAAUUUUUUUUAGAUUUACGGGGCUAAUAUAGUGUAUGUUCUCAUUAUCCAAACAUAUUGUGACAAUCUUAGUCAGGUGUCAAUGUAACAGGGUUAAGAAUGUACCCUAAUCUCUCUCCUCAGCUAGCUUGAAAUGUCGGCAAUAGGGUUAUACAAUUGGGACCUUUUGAAUAGCUCAAACAGUUGGAACGUUGUCAAGGAGUAUGGUCACGUGUUGCGAAGCAGAGGACCGGAGUUCACAAACAGUGUGAGGUGAGGCAAACUGUCUGGGAGGAAGCUAUACUGUUAGCAACAGCAUGUUUGAUGUUGGUUACAUGUUUUUUUUUUUUUGACUGAGCUCUAGAACAUAUUAUAAAAUGUUGACCCUUUCUUCUUAGCAAAAUUGCUCAAGCUCCAUCAAGUUGGAUGGGAACAUUUGGUGCAGGUUUUCUACAACAACCUCUCUGUGUUUUGCUACAUUAAUCCUUCACUCAAUCCUGACCAGUCUGUCAGUCCUUGCCGCUGAGAAACAUCCCCAUAGCAACCACCAUGUUUCACAGUAGGAUGGAGUUCAAAGGAGGAUGUGCAAUUUUUGGCUUGCGCCACACAAUUAAAUCUCCUUGCACUUGGUCUCAGAAUCUCUGGCAAAAUCUAGCCAAAAUAGGAUUUUCUUUCUUUAGGCCACCCUCCCAUGAAGACCAUGUGAAGCACCCUGGCUACUGUUCCAGAAUGGCCAACUGUUUCCCAGCUCAGCUGUGGAAAACAGUGACUUCUUUUGUGUUGCCAUGAGCCUCUUGGCAGCUGCCUUGACUAGUGCCCUUUUUGACAGAAUAUUCAAUGUUUGAGGACACCCUCUUUUAGAAAGAUUCACAUUGGAGCUGUAUUCUCUCCGUUCCUUAAUAGUUUACUGUGCCAUUAGGGAUUUUCUAUGCCUUGGAAAUGUUUUUACAUCUUACCAAAUAAUUCCGUAUUUGUUUUGAAUGUUCCUUUGUCUUCAUGAUGUUAUUUUGUUAGGAAUUGUACAAACAAACUGUGGGACAUCCCAGAGAUGUGUAUUUAAAUUCAAAUAAUGUGCAACACCUUGAUUGCACAGCUGUGGACUCCGUUCAACUAACUUACAUGACUCCUAAAGAGAAUUGCUUGCACCGCAAUUCAUUUAGGUGUGUCAUAGCAAUGGGGGGUGAAUAUUUAUGCAGUAAUGUUUUAUAUUUCUAAUUUAUUUAGAACAAUUUGCCGGUUUUAUUAUUCACUAUGAAAUGUAAUCUAUUAGGAUUUCAUGUUGUCAUAAAAUGUGUAGUAGUGCAAGGGGGUGAAUGUUUUGAGAGGCACUGUAAAGCCCUGGCUGGUCCUUUUGAAUCUACAUGUGUGCUCCGGGUAAAGAAACAAAGAUAUUUAUAAAUGCCAAUGGACUACACCUAAACACUCUUCUUUGGCACUAAGAGUACAGUCAUCAUGUAGGGAAUAUAGUAGUAGCUCUUCGUAAUAAACCUAUUUGAAACAACAGAAUUAUAAUAGUUGUCUAGUCCCCACUAGCUAGCUACUAUGGGGUAUGGUUAUAGGUUGAAUCAUCAACUAUUUAACUCCUCCUGUCAAACAAUGUAAAACAAUCUGUGACAUCAGCAUUUUGUGUUUUUUUUGUAAACAUGUUCUGUACUGCGCUGUUUACAUUCCUCUACUGAAUCCUGCACUGCAACCACAGGUAAAAGUGAAAUACUUUAAUUUUUUCUGCAAUUUGCACUACUGUCUUGAAAAUUGUGAAAUGAUAUGCUAGAGUGCAUACAAUGUUUGGAAUGUGUAAACCUCUUUGGAAAACAUGGUAUAACUCCUUUUCUGUUCAUGCACUUCUCAUUGUUGUUGGUGAUUCCUAAACACUCCACAAUUUGUUUAGGAAACACUUAUUCUUUUUUAGGAUACUGGGAAAUUGGGAGAUCCCAUUGAGAGUCUGGGUGAAAUCCAAAUGCUGUAAAUUGGCCUUUCCCCCUACCCACAAUCUGUGCCUUGGAUUGGUGUUAACAGCACAUUUAAUAAUCACAAUUUGACCAUAGUUCAAAUGUAUUUUUUAUGAACCUAACCUUUCCUUCUACUUUAUUUUAUCUACCCACUCUUAGCUGUAGUAAUCUGCAGGCUAUUGACAUACAUGGGAUUACUUGGAAUUUAUAUAUAUUAAGUAACUUCCCAUUUCCAUGGGAUCCAGAUUUAUAUUAAAUUACUUCUAACUUAGUGGUUUUCCUUCCAUAAUGUUUCAGAUAACUAUGUUAAGAAGCAGCUUUUUCUAUGUUGAGUGUACACCAACCACAGAUGGGUGUGUACCAGUAAAUAAAAAUAUGAAUGCAAUUAAACCACUAAUUCUUAA